GUCACAACUCCAAAAAUUUUCUUGACGUUUUGUUUUUAUUUUUUUGUGUCUAUAUACUGCACUGGCAAUGUUCGAGAUUUUUUUUAUACUCUGCAACAAAAUUUAUUUUUUUUUUCUUUAGCAAGGGAGAACGCACACGUCCGUUAUCUUCGACAGCUAACUUAGGGGUGAACACCGACUCAGCGAUAUCAUUACUACAUCGUUAUUGGUUGACGAUAUCACAUUGUCAUCCAAGAGUCGCAGUAGUCGAAAAAAUAUAUUAAACUCUUGUUUACAAAUUGCGCUAUUGCUUAAAUUUAGCAAAAAAUUUCAAUAUGAACCAAACAGUGUUAAACGAUCAAACAAAAGACACAGCUUUAGUGACGCCGAUUAUAGAGGAUGAAGCUAAAGAGAAAACAAACGUGUUGAGCGCCAAAGAAGGUGAACUGAUGUCUAUGGAAACAUUGCGCGAAUCGCCAGUACAAUGGCCAAAACGCUUGCCCGGUAUGGAUGAGUUUAUAUUCAAAAGCGAGACUCCCAUACAUCUGCCCAAUACGGAUGGUACAUCAAAGUUCAAUAAAUCCAGCGGUGCAACUAUAAGUGAUUUUGCGCGCUUGCCACCGGAUCAGUUGAUUGAGCGUAUCAAGGCUAUGAAUGAUCAAGUAUAUCAACUGGGUCUCCGUGAGUCUAGAGAGAUGACACGCGGCAAGCUUUUGGGCAUCUUUGAUCAGGAACGUUUAACGCGAACUCGUGGAAUGCGUAAUUAAUACCAGGACAAAAACCCACAAAUCAAUUGACUGAGAAUUCAAAUUAUUAAACAUUAACGAAACUACUACUAAAUGUACAGUUUAAAACAACACUAACCCAUAAUUAUAGUUACCUUUUUCACAAGUGUGUAUUUAAAAAAGAGACGCUUACUGUGGCUAUAGUUCAUAAUCAAGAGCCUGGUUACGCUAGUCAACAAUAAAUAACAUUUAUUUCCAUUAAA